CCUGAGCUGUACCGGGCCCAGAACGCGAUGCUUCCCCGCCUCGCGCCGCCGCUCGCCGGCGCCCUCCCGCGCGUCCUUCGCGGCAUCUGCACCGCCGCGCCGCCGCCAUCCAAGACCCCGCCCGAACCGCUAUCCCGGUCCGAGCUCGACGCCAUCUCCGCGCUCCUCCCGCGGCUCCUCUCGGCGGGCCAUGUCCCCGCCGCGGGGCGCCUCCUCUCCGCCGCACUCCUCCUCCCGGGCUCCCUGGAGCGCCUCCCUCUCCCGGCCCUCGCCGCGCACCUCGCCUCGCUCCCGACCCUCUCCGAGGCCUUCGCGCUCCUCACCGCGCUCCGCCACCACCCGGCCCGCCCCUCGCCGCUCCCGCUGGCGUCGCUGCUGCUCGACAGCCUCCUCUCCCAGCGCCGCGCUCGCGACGCGGCCUCCGUGCUGCGGUGGCUCUGCCGCCCGGACUCCCCGCGCCGGCCCGACGCCAACACCUACGCCGCCGCCGUCGCGGGGCUCUGCCGCCUCGAGGACCCCAGGGGCGCGCUCGCCGCGCUCAGGGAGAUGGCCGCGGACGGGUUGCAGGCCUCGCCUGAGCUGCGGGAGGCGGUGCGGGACUCGAUGCUGCAGGACGCCAGGAUCGAGGAGGCGUGGGCGCUGGAGGAGGUGAUGCGGCUGCGGGAGAUCGGCAAGGUUGCGGAGCUGGUGGACAAACUUCUUUCGCAGUGGGAACCCUGAGCCUUUCAGGAGGAAGAGCAAUGCAUGGUUGGUGCUUCCCUGUAUUGGAUGCAAAGUUGCAGAUCUGAUGAGCUGGAGGAGAUGAUUGGUCUGCACAACUUGAUCCAUAUUCAGAACAGAGGACAGAUUUCGCCUGAACAGACUUCACCCAGAAUAUUAAUCUUUGGAUUCUACGUAAGAUGGCAAUGCCUUUAAUCUUUUGUAGUUUUUGAAUCUGUUUAUGUAUACUUGCUGGGAUGCCAUUGGGCGUAUUUAAGAAUUAGAAUAGGUAUCUAAGCAGAUUUAGAAAGGCAGAUUUUUUUUUUCUUGUGCAUUGCAUAAUGAUGGCAAUUGGCUUUUGAGUUUGAAUUUUACUGAAAACAUAGUACAAUUUUCAUCUGACCUGUUUCUGCGAUGAGAACUUAGUGGUUUCUUUUUGAUCAAUGUAUUGUUGAUACUUCAGAAGAGAUGGUUGUGCCAAACAAGCAUAUGAAUACAUUAAACUUUCUA